GCAGAGCCUCAACGAAUUAGCGGAACUAACUGAGGACAAAACAAAUGGCUGAGGCAGAUAACUCCAUCACCAGUGGUCACAAGUUAGCCGGCAGAGUUGCCAUAAUCACCGGCGGCGCUAGCGGCAUCGGGGAAGAGACGGCGCGUCUGUUCGCCAGCGAGGGUGCGCGUAUGGUAGUUAUCGCAGACAUUCAAGAUGACCUCGGCAACCAAAUCGCAGCUUCCAUUGGCUCUCACAGGUGCAGCUAUGUCCAUUGCGACGUGACAGACGAAGACCAAGUCAAACAUCUUGUGGAUUCGACGGUCAACCUUCACGAUCAGUUAGACAUCAUGUUCAGCAACGCCGGCAUCCUCAGUCCUUCUGACCAGAACAUCCUGGACCUCAACUUCACGGAGUUCGACCGCCUAUUCGCCGUUAACACGCGGGGCAUGGCGGCGUGCGUGAAGCACGCGGCGCGUUCGAUGGUGGAGCGGCGCGUGAAGGGUAGCAUCGUGUGCACGGGGAGUGUGGCGGCGUCGCACGGUGGUUUUAAACGCACGGACUACGUGAUGUCGAAGCACGCGGUGAAGGGUUUGGUGCGGAGCGCGAGUGCGCAGCUUGGGGUGCACGGGAUUAGGGUGAACUGCGUCUCACCGAGUGGGUUGGCCACACCGUUGACACGUGCUGCGCACGCGACGAUGGAGACCCAAGAGUUGCAAAAGCAGUAUGCACAAAACGCAAGGCUGAAAGGCAUCGUUUUGACCCCGAAACAUGUCGCAGAUGCGGUGCUGUUUCUUGCGUCUCGUGAUUCUGAGUUCGUUAACGGACACGAUCUUGCGGUGGACGGGGGUUUCGACCGUGCCUGAUUAGUAACUGCCUCAGUGGUUAUCCACUGACCUACACAUCAGUGUUCACUUACCAUCUUCAUCUUCUUUUAAUUCAACAAAUAAUAUUGAAUCACUAUCCCUCAGUUGUUAGUU